AGCAAAUCUAUUUUCAGAUGCCAAUUUUUUUAACGAACAUCAUGAGGUAGGAAAGUAUAUUUUGUGGUUAUAUUGAAGAUGCAACACUUUGCCACCAGAGCUUGCGAGACAGAAAAACGGCGGAAGAUCUCGUUAAUAACCGAGAGAUUACAUUUGUGUUUUUGUUCUGCGGCGUAUACAUAUACAGCAAAUAUAAAUAUACGGACGAUUUGGCUUUUUUUUAUCUGUGUUUAUGUCAAUCUUUAUCGGUGCUCAGAUAUACCUGGAAAUAUAUGCAAGUGCAGUUGUUCAUCAUUUCAUAGGAUAGAAAACUGAAACAUGGAUUUGAUGAAUUACAAAGAAAUCCUGGCAAGUUCUGCUUCAAUUUGUACAAUUUCGCAGUUUCUAGCCGGUAUAUUGGUAUGUCGAAAAUUCAUUAUCAACAAAAGUACCGGUGACGCAUCGGCCCUUCCGUUUGUCAUGUGUUUCAUGUCAUGCGGUCUUUGGAUGAGAUAUGGCCAACUGAUAGACGAUCCUCAUGUAAUUCUCGUUAAUCUUCUUGGUGGAGUGCUCCAAAUAUCGUACACACUUAUUUACCUGUGUUAUACCACGAAACGGGGGACGAUCGUGAGGCAAAUAAUCGGAGCCUUGUUUUUCGUAACGAUGGUAUACGCUUACAGUAUUAUGGAAUUUGACAGAAAAGUGGCUGCAUCGAUCGUUGGAUUUUUGAGCUGUAGCUUAACGAUCUUGUUUUUCGCCUCGCCACUUAUAAUGCUGGCUCACGUUAUAAGAGUCCGAAGCGCCGAGAGUUUGCCAUUCCCAGUUAUAACCGCGACCUUCGUAUCAUCCAUACUUUGGUUCACAUACGGCGUACUUAUUGACGAUACUUUCAUAAAAACACCGAAUUUCUUGGGUUGUGUCUUAUCGGGCUUUCAGCUCGCAUUGUUCGUUGUUUAUCCAAAGAAAAAAGUCGAUCAAAUGUAUUUGAUAUAAAGUAAGGUGCAGCUAAAAGUCAUUUAUUCAUCGAGACCGCUGAUUCGUUCGUUCGAAUUCGUUCGAUGAUUCGAGAAUAGCUAUGGACAUUGAAGGUAAAAGAAGACUGCUGCAGGUUCUCAUUUUGCGAUCAAAUUAUGAGGGAGCACUAAACUAUCAUGGAGUAACGUAUCGUUAAGUACGUCACAACUUUAGUACAAAUAUUCACUUAUUUUUUUAUACCUCAGUAUAAAUUUGAACGAGAGAAGUGAAUUUUUUCGUGACUCACGCUGUAAGAUAUGUGAUAAUGAAAAAAAAAAAAAAAAAAAAAUUGGGACGACCACGGCGAUUAUACUUCUGAAAAGCAUUUAUAUAUUUUUUAUCCUCAAGGAAACGAUCCCUCAGUGUCGAUCAUUCUUGAAAAUCUUAUUAUGUAACCCAAAAGUGUUUGUGUGUACAUAUAAUAAAUCCUACGAUUGUUACAUUCA